AUGGCGGAUGCCAAGUAUGCCCUCUGCCGAUGGGAAAAGCGAUGAUGGCCUGCGAAGGUUUUGGCCGGAACCAAGACUUCAACAAAAAAAAAAAAUAAGAGAAAAAAGGAAUAUUUUCUAGAUGUUCGAAUCCCCUCCCUAGAGGAAAAAAUUCAGGUGAAAAGCCCCAAAGUUGAUCUUGAGAAGUCUCACAUCGAGGCCAUUGCCUCCUCGUUGGCCUCACAGAAUGAGGUUCCCGCGGCACCCCUGGAAGAGCUGGCCUACAGGCGGUCGCUUCGCGUGGCUCUGGAUGUGCUGAGCGAGGGGCUUGUGUGGAGUCGAGAAAGCUCCACGGACACGGGUAGAGCUGAGCGGUCUCCGAGAGGGAAGCCCCCGGAACCCGUCUCCUCGCCUCGCGAUUCCAGCUCCUCGUCUCCUCCCGGCGGAGGCGUGGUGGGCAGUUCCGGACCUCACAGAAGGAGGGAAUGCGUGCAGCAGAGCCCGUCAGGGCCGUUCACUUGUGAAAAGGACCCCAAGUGCAAAGUGGACCACAAGAAGGGACUCAGGAAAAGUGACAACCCUGGAGGCCUUUCGGUCCUCUCAGCUGGAGAUGGUUCCCAGGAUGGGAGCCAGUCGAGAAUCCACCGCAAAAGUGGGACUCCCACAAGUAAGAGGAGAAGAAAGUCAGCACCGAAGUCCAGCCUGUGCCCCCGGGGGUCUUCCCUUUCAGAGAGUGGUGCGGAGGAAGACAGUGGGAGCGAGGCAGGCCGCUGGGCAGCUCCGUCCUCGCCCUGCGGGGUCAGAGAAGGCGAUCCCUGUGCCCACGCCGAGGGACGCAACCCCGGUCUGCCGUCGGGCAGCCUCACUGUGCCCCUAGCCCUUGAGCCCUCAGCCUGCCCGGAGCGCGGCGAAUGCCCUGCGAAGAAGAGGCCGCGCUUGGAUGGCAGCCAGAGGCAGCCUGCCGUGCAGCUGGAGCCCAGGGCCGCCGGGGCUGCACCGUCCCCUGGGCCAGACGUGGGGCCCAGGGAGUCCCUGACCCUGAGAAGCACUACCAGUCCCCGCCCGCCUCCCCGCGCCCCUGUGGAUGAAACCAGACGUCCUCGGCCGGAUUCCCAGAAGCUGGAGGAAGAUUGCCAGUCUUCCGAAGUGUCUGUGAGGUCGAAUUCGAUGCGUUCUAUACUGGAGGAAGACGAGGAAGAUGAGGAGCCACCAAGAAUCCUUUUAUACCACGAACCACGGUCGUUUGCAGUAGGAAUGCUAGUCUGGCUUAAAUACCAAAAAUAUCCCUUCUGGCCAGCAGUGGUCAAGAGUGUCCGGCGGAGAGGUAAGAAAGCGAGCGUGCUGUUCAUCGAAGGGGACAUGAACCCGAAGAGGAAAGGUAUCACAGUGUCCCUUAGAAGAUUAAAGCACUUUGAUUGUAGACAGACACUUCUGAACCAAGCCAGGGAGGACUUCGGCCAGGCCAUCGGCUGGUGUGUCUCCCUCAUCACCGACCACAGGGUCCGGUUAGGCUGCGGGUCUUUUGCCGGCUCUUUCCUGGAAUAUUACGCAGCUGAUAUAAGCUAUCCUGUCCGAAAAUCCAUCCGGCAGGACGUCCUGGGGACCAAGUUUCCUCAGCUGAGCAAGGGGAGCCCGGAGGAGCCGGCGCUGGGAAGCCCCCUGGGGCAGAGGCAGCCCUGCCGGAAAGUGCGCCCUGACCGCUCUCGGGCCGCCCGGGACCGGGCCAACCAGAAGCUGGUGGAGGCCAAGGGCGCAGAAAGCCACCUGCGGGCCACCCUGAAGAGCAGGAAGCCGUCGCGCGGGCUGCAGAUCUUCCUGAGCUCCAGCCAGGACGUGACCUGCGUGGAGACCUACCUGGAGGACGAGGGACAGCUGGACCUGGUGGGGAAGUACCUGCAGGGCGUCUACCAGGAGGUGGGCGCCGAGAGGCUCCGGCGCACCAACGGCGACCGGAUCCGCUUCAUUCUGGACGAGCUUCUGCGCGAGGCCAUCAUCUGCGCGAUCUCCCCAGGGGACGAGGUGGACUACAGGACGGCCGAGGAGAAGUACAUCAAGGGGCCCUCGCUGAGCUACCGGGAAAAAGAAUUAUUUGACAAUCGGCUCCUUGAAGAGCGGCGCCGGCGACGAUGGAGCAGCGGGAGCCUGGUGGCGGGAGCGCCUCUGGUGUGCACGAGCGUUUCUGAAAAUGCGGGACUCGGGGCGGGGGGUGGGGGGUGUGGAGCGCAUUCGCUUUUGGAGCCGUCUGUGUUCUCCUGCGUGGCAGUCCUGAUGUCCAUACUUCCGGAGAAUCCAUUUCGUCAACACUGA